UCCUCCCUUCUCUUGCCCCACUUAUCCUUUUCUCCUCACCCAGCAACCGACCAUUUUCUUUUGGUUUUGUUUUUCGAAAUCCUUCCAGUACCCACGACCUCAGCGCGUUGACGAUGGUCUUCCCCUAGCCUUGCUAGCUCACCCCCAAUCUCACCACCGAGAGAAAGCCAGCGCAGCAAAGGAAACCCUACCGUCCAUGUCAUCCAGCACAGCCUGUUCGUGGAGUCCGCGCAUGGACCAAUACCAGCACAACCAGCAGCAACAACAGCAGCAGCAGCAGCAGCAACUUCAGCUGGCCUUGUUCCAGGAGCAACUCCUCUUGUCUCCAACCCACAGAUCCCCUCACAGACCUCCCGUCAGCAACGACGCCUCUCGUCUGCCAUUCCCACCCGCGCUAGAUUUACCCUCCGCUGAGUUUUUUCCCGACGAGGCCUCUCCCUGCUGGAUUUGGGCGCAGCAGCAGACAACCUUCGCAACGUCGUCGGCGCCAGCAAUCCCCGCCGCAGGCUCCGCCGCGUUUGCCGCGCAAACAGGCCCAGCGCCAGCCAUGGCGACGGCGGUGGCGACGCAAGCGACGUGGGAGACUGCUCCCGCCGCCAACUGCGGCGCAGCUAGCGCGUUCCGAACCGCACCGAACACCACCGCCGCACCCGCCGCUUCCGCUUCCUUCUGCUCCUCAUCCGGCGUAACCUUCCCCACAGCCCCCGCUUCCCCUUCCUUCGCGACCACUCCUUCCGCCACUGCAGGCCUUGCGCCACCAGCUUCCGCCGCUUCCGCGCCUUCCGCCUACGCGCCUUCCGCCUCCGCGCCGUCCCCGCCUUCCCUCCCCGUGGCGCAGCUGGAGGAGCUCCUCCAGGACGAAUGCGGAGUCCUCGAGAUCUCCAUCCCCCAGCGCCGCUUCCCCUCAUCCUUCCCCCCAUCCUUCCCCUCAUCCGCGGGCGUGGGGAGCCUCGCGUCAACCCUCCCCACCGCGGGGACCCCCGCGGAUCUGCGCGAGCAGGGGCUGCAUCUAUUCGCGAGCCUGCUUCCGCUUCUCUACACGCCGCGCUGCGCCGCCACCGCCGCCAUCGCCGCGUCGCCCGCUGGCGAGGCGCUCAAGCGCGCGCUCGCGUCGUCGCCGACGGCUGCCGGCGUGUUCGAGGCGUUUGCCAGCCGGCCGCUGCCGUCCCCGCGCCGCUCGCGUCGCCGAUGCUUUUCGAGCAGUUUCAGCAGCAGAUGCAGCAAUGGGCCGUGCCGCAGGUAGAGCAGCAGCCCGCGCCGCAGGUGAAGCAGCCCGAGCCGCAGGUGUCGGAGUCCGUCGCCGCGCCGCAGACGGAUGAGGAUAUGGACGACGCGCUUCCGGAGAUCGAGAGCCCGAACAGCGUCGACGUUUCGUCGCCCGACCGUGACUUUGACGAGAGUAGCCUUAACGAGAAUGACUACAACGAGGUCGCGGAUUCCGCCGCCAUCCCCGCUGCCGCCGCCGCCGCCGCCGCCACUCCCGCCUCCUUUGCUGUUCCUAUUCCGUCUCCGCCAACCGAUCUACCCGCCGCUAGCGCUGUCGUCUCCGUCGCUAUUCCUCUCGGCGCUCCCACCGCUACGACUGCCGCGAAGCCGGAACCAGCAUCCUCGACGGAAGAACCUUCCGAGAAGGCGCAGAAGGCGCCCGCAGCGGCAUCUCCGGCGGCGGCGGCUUCCCCGGCGGCUCCCGCCGAGCCGCUGGACGACGGCUACUUCUGGCGUAAGUACGGGCAGAAGGCGGCGAAGGGCGCGGCGUAUCCGCGCGCGUAUUUCCGCUGCGCCGUGCCCCGCUGUCCCGCCAAGAAGACGGUCGAGCGGUCGUCGGAGGAUGGGAGUACGAUGGAGAUCGUUUACCGCGAGGAACACAAUCAUCCACGUGGCACUCUCCCCGGCCGCCGCGUGUCCCCCACUUCGCAGGGCGGUGCGGGAGCUGCGGGCGGAGCGUCCGGCCGCGUUUUAGUCACGGAGGAGAUGGCGGGUUUUGCAGCGGGUGUGACGGGAUCCCGCCUUCCCCGGUUAAGCCGCGUCAGUCCCAGCAGCAGCUUCCGCAAAACUCCGCUGUGCCGCAGCCCCAGGCUCCCCCCGCCGCCGCCGCUUCCCCCGCCUGCCCCGCUUCCGCGGAUCUCGCCGCUUCCGCCUUCCCCGCCUCCGCGGAUCCUUCCACCGCAGCGGGGCUCGCGCUGCUGGAGAGCCUCAGCACGGAGGAUCUCGCGCGGCUCGUCUCGGCGCUUUCCUCCGACGCUAUGGCUGCUGCCACCGCCGUGCUCGAAGCGGCGGUCGCCGCCGGCGUCAUGGACAGCAGUUUAGGCGUCGCUGCCGCCGCCGCCGGGGCCGCCGCUGGGGGAGACGCGCACGCGCAGACCGCCGCCGCCACCGCCGCCGCCAAGGAUCUCGCUGCUGCUGCUGUUAACGCCACCGCUGCAGUUACCGCCGCUACCGCUGCUGCGGAGGUGGCUCGCGGGCAUAUGAUCCGAUCCGCCUCCGACCGCGGAGCUCCGGCAGCAGCUGCAGGUUUGGCUGGAGGUUCGGCAGUAGACUCGGCAGCGGCUCGCGCGCUCCUUUUCCGGUCCGUUUCGGAACCUAAGGAGGAGUGCGAUGAUAAUUCCUCUAGCGGGAAUUACGGCGGGGAAGCCCCAGGAUUCGCGGGGAUUAACAGCGCAGCUGUUGCUGCGGUCGCUGCUCUUGCGCGCGGUUCCGCCUUAGCCGUCGAGCCGUCAAGUUGCAGCACGGGAAGCGCUAAUAGCACGGGUAGCCGUCAAAAGCGCCGGUCGAUGGAAGAAGAGAACACCGUCAGCCCAACAUCCCCUAAUCUUCACUCUGUGCCUUUAACGAAGGGUGCCUCCGCCGCGUUUAGCGAGGGUGGGAACGCCCCGGGAAGCAUUUCCCCCGCUGGGGGCAGCGGCGGAAGGGGAAAAAGGUUGCGCACUGGAGGGAA